GCCGCUGCUGCAGAGACCAAGAUGGCCAAGAGACUCACCGCCUUCCUCAAGGAUGUCUGGGCCAAGGAGCCGGUGCUGGUCGCGUCCUUCACUAUCGGGGACCUCGCUAUAAUUCUGCCCACCAUCAGCCCCUUCACCAAAUACACCACCAUGAUCAACCAGGUCACGCCCUACACCUAUCCAGUGCCCCUCCGAGAUGAUGGGAACAUGUCUGACGUGCCCAGCCACCCCCAGGACCCAGAGGGUCCAAGCUUGGAGUGGCUGAAGAAACUGUGAGCACCUCCGGUGAUGUGGAGGAGGCCCCCUCCCCUGUGGCCAAUAAAAUGUGAAAAGCGA